AUAAUAACGUAUUGUAAUCCAUUGAAAUCACUUAAUGGUAUAUACAUAUGUACGAGAACUUUGUUACAUUUUUUUCGAGAAACGUAAUCGAACUUUUGCAUAAGCGUUAAUUUCCUCGAGAAGUUGUCUGUAUCUCAAUUCGCAUAGAUCUCGUUUUAAACAAUUGGUUUAUCUUUUUAUCAGAAAUGAACGUUUCCAUUCGUAGUCGUCCUGAAUUCCUUCAAUCAAUAACUUACGAUAAACUACUUUUUACGAAACUUUAUUAAUGACAGAGUAGAUAUCCGAAUCUCGGAUAUCGCGAUAGAGGGAUCGCGAUAAAGAAACGUUGCACAAUAAAUAAAUUUCAUUUCUAAUUGAGCCACGACGAAGUAGAUUAAUCUUCUCGAAUCAUCGGUAAGUCGAUCUUUCUAUGAUUUCUUGAUUCAUGCUUGAUCGACUUGCUUCAAAUAAAUACGAUGAGUUUACAUUUUAAAAAAAUUUUACAUUUUCUUCUUUAUAUCAUUUUAAUUGAUUUCAAUUUCGCGAAUAACACAACAAAGCAUGAAAUCGAUGAUGCGUCGGUAUACAGAUUACCAAAAAAUAUAGUUCCGAUUUCCUAUGAUCUACGAAUAUUAACAAAAUUGGCUGCAAACGACUUUCUCUAUGAAGCCGAAGUUCGGAUAACGUUCGACGCAUUGGAAAAGACAAAUACGAUAGUACUACAUGCUCAUAAGCUAAGAAUAGAUAAGGAUAAAUCUUUUCUAUACAGAGGAACCGAUAAAAUUUUGAUUCACGAUCAAUAUAUCGAUACAAAUAGACAAUUUUAUAUCGUCAAAUGCAUGAAAUAUUUCGAAGUUGGACGGUAUACUUUGGUUCUUUCUUUUGUGGGAGAAAUCCAGGAUGACGUGUUUGGAUUUUAUAGAAGUUCCUACGAGGUGGAUGGACAAAAGAAAUGGAUUGGUAUAACUCAAUUCUCACCUACAUACGCUCGGCAAGCGUUUCCGUGCAUGGACGAACCACAUUUAAAAGCGACAUUUACAAUAAGCAUUGGUCAUUAUUCUAAUCAAACGGCCACUAGUAAUACCGAUAUAAAAAAGAUUGAGGAGGUCGAUACAUUUUAUCGUCUGACAACGUUCCUGACUACUCCACGGAUGUCGACGUAUCUCGUCGGAUGGUCGGUACAUGAUUACGUAGUCGAAAUUUCAGAAUCCUCAAAAGAUUUUAAGAUCUGGACGAGAGACAGCAUGCUAUCGCACGGUAGCCUCGCUUUGAAUCAAGGCUGGUUAAUUUAUACAGCUUUACAAAACUGGAUGGAAGUAGAAAAUCCUAUUAAAAAAAUGGAUCAAUUUGCCAUAGCUGAUUUCAAUUUUCACGCUAUGGAAAAUUGGGGUAUGAUAACGUAUCGUGAGUCGGUAGUUCUAUUUCAGAAUGGAACAAUUCCAAUGAGAAAAAUGGUUGAUGGCUUGGUUACUAUGGCACAUGAAUAUUCGCACACGUGGUUCGGGAAUUUGGUAACGCCAGAAUUUUGGAAUGUCGCUUGGUUAAAAGAGGGCUUUGCCUCGUAUUUCCAAUAUUUAGGACUCUCUUUGGUACAACCAACAUGGAAAAUGAUGGAUAUGUUUGUCGUUGAUUACGUUCAACCUACUCUUCUCUUGGAUUCUGUGAAUCACAAUAGAUCCAUGAAUGGUAAAAACGUCGGAAGUCCUAGCAGUAUCAUGGCUACGCUAGAUUUUGUUACUUAUAGAAAAGGAGCGUCCAUAAUUCGAAUGAUAAAACAUGCGAUUGGUGAGAAUGUCUUUCAGAAAGGAUUGCGACAUUAUUUAAGUGAAAUGUCGUAUCGAGUUGCCAGACCAUACGACUUGUAUAAUUAUUUGCAAAGAGCUAUUGAUUCGUCAUCAAAUAGCACGAAGAACUGUAAAUUUGUCAAGGACGUUGUCGAAUCUUGGGCAAAUCAAGUGGGAUAUCCUUUGAUAACGAUAACGCGAAAUUAUACAAAACAUUGGGCAUUGGUAUCUCAAGAACGAUUUUAUCUUAAUCGAGACACGAGAAAAAUGAACGACAAUGACGAAGAACACACAUGGUGGAUACCUCUGACCUUCGCUACGAGCUCGUCUAUUAUCGAUUUUCGAAGGACUCGGCCGAAGCUCUGGCUAUGUCCUUGGGAUAAGAGGACGAUGAUUUCGAACUUUCGCGACACCGAUUGGGUGCUCUUCAACGUCCAGCAAAUCGGAUUCUACCGAGUCAAUUACGAUGAGACCAAUUGGAAGAUGCUUAUUGAUCACCUCAGAUCAAAGGAGUUUAUCUCCAUUCCCUCGGUGAACCGUGCGGCUCUCCUCGACGAUGCUUUUAAUCUGGCAAGAGCAGGAUAUAUAGAUUAUUCGAUUCCAUUCGACUUGUCCAAGUAUCUUAAGAGAGAGACGGACUACGAGCCUUGGCUCGCCGCCGUUAAUAAUUUCAUGUUUCUCAAUCGAAUCUUGAAUAAAGUAUCGAAGGUUCAUACAGCGUUCCAGAAAUACGCGGAAAAUCUGAUUUUACCUAUUUACGAGUUAUUGGGAUUCAUGGAGGAUUCGUCCGAUAACGUCCGGACGAAACUUCAACGGGAGAUAAUAUUAUCGGCCUCGUGCGCGCUCAAUAACGCUCACUGCCUCGAGACAUCGAAAAUGUUAUUUAAUUCGUGGAUAUCGUCAUCGAAUGAAACAAUAUUACCUGAUUUGAAAAGUUUCGUCUAUUGCAUUGGCAUACGUACAGGGAAUGAUAAGGAUUGGCUUACAGUGUGGAAAAGAUUAUUCGACACAGAUUUACAUAUCGAACAAGAACUUUUACUGUCUGCACUCGGAUGUAGUCGAAAUCCUAUUUUAUUGAAUAAAUACCUGAACGUAUCGAUUACUCGAAAUUCGAGAAUUCGUAAGCAGUACAGAUUUUCGAUAGUUACUGCUGUUACGAAGGGUAAUCCAGAAAACGUCGAUCAUACUUUAGAAUUCGUUGAAAACAAUCUCGGAAGCAUUAUUGAUUCACAAGGAUACGAUUUUUUAGGUAAGAUGUUUAUUUCUAUAGGAGAGCAUAUGACAACUACGGAACAGACAAACAAGCUUCGUCGUUUCAUCGAUCAAAAUAUAAAACGUCUAGGAUCAGCCUCGAAAGCAGCAAAGAAAGCAAUUGAUUCUGCUAUUGAAAAUGCUAAGUGGGUUGGAAAGUAUGCGCCUCUCAUUGCUAUAAAUGUCUGAUUUAAUUUGUGAAUGUAAACUGUAUAUACAUAUUUUGUAAAAAGUUUUCACUUUUAUACGAUAAUCUUAUUAGAGUUCAAUGAUUGUGGAAUUUAUUCACAAGGAAUAGAAAAGGUUUUAAUAAAAUAUAUUUGGAA